UGGCAUAUCAGAUUUUUCCGUCACCUCAUCUGGCCUUUUCUCACUCCUCCUCCUCAUCCCUCGCUCUUUUCAAGGCUUUGCAGCAGAAUUUUUCUCACUCUUUCUGAAUCAUGCGUCUGUCCUGGAUUCUGCUCUUGACCACAGUGUGUGUGGUGUGUGGCGAGUCUCCACCUCGCGCUCUGUGGCAGUUUGGAAAAAUGAUCACGUGCGUGCAGCCGAACGUGAAUCCUUUCAUUUACAACGACUACGGCUGUUACUGCGGGUUUUCUGGAUCUGGCUCGCCCAAAGACCAGCUCGAUCAGUGCUGUCUGGUGCAUGAUAAGUGCUAUGAGAACUCUAGGAAACUUCCAGAAUGUCCCGGUUUAGUCGACCUGCCGUAUGUCAAAGUGUACAACUUCAACUGCUCUGACAAAACCAUCACCUGCUCAGCCUCCAAUGAUAAAUGCCAGGCUGCAGUGUGUGAGUGUGACCGAGUCGCUGCAAACUGCUUCGCCCAGAAUCAUCACACGUACAACCCCGACUACAAAAACCUUCCGAGUGAAGUGUGCAAGAACUGAGAGGCACCGGACCUGGAGACUAAACACCACAACACUGUCUCCAUCAACUAAACACCACACCGACUCCGUCAACUAAACACCACACCGACUCCGUCAACUAAACACCACACCGACUCCGUCAACUAAACACCACACAGACUCCGUCAACUAAACACCACACCGACUCCAUCAACUAAACACCACACCGACUCCGUCAACUAAACACCACACCGACUCCAUCAACUAAACACCACACCGACUCCGUCAACUAAACACCACACCGACUCCGUCCCUCUCAACUAAACACCACACCGACUCCGUCAACUAAACACCACUCCGACUCCAUCAACUAAACACCACACCGACUCCGUCCCUCUCAACUAAACACCACAACGCUGUCUCCAUCAACUAAACACCACAACGCUGUCUCCAUCAACUAAACACCACAACACUGUCUCCGUCAACUAAACACCACACCGACUCCGUCAACUAAACACCACACCGACUCCGUCAACUAAACACCACACAGACUCCGUCAACUAAACACCACACCGACUCCGUCAACUAAACACCACACCGACUCCGUCCCUCUCAACUAAACACCACACCGACUCCGUCAACUAAACACCACAACACUGACUCCAUCAACUAAACACCACAACACUGUCUCCAUCAACUAAACACCACACUGACUCCGUCAACUAAACACCACACCGACUCCGUCAACUAAACACCACACCGACUCCGUCCCUCUCAACUAAACACCACAACACUGACUCCAUCAACUAAACACCACAACACUGUCUCCAUCAACUAAACACCACACUGACUCCGUCAACUAAACACCACACCAACUCCGUCAACUAAACACCACAACGCUGUCUCCAUCAACUGAACACCGAGUGCACAUAAUGAAUAAAGAAUAAAGCAAACUCUGA